CAUGGCCAGUCCAACUAUGUUACGUCUGAGCCGGGUCUGCUUCCUGCUGUGCCUUAUUCCUGGCUAUCUGGACGCUGCUCGCAUCCUGGCCUUGUAUCCUAUACCAGGUUACUCGCACUACUAUCACUCGUUACCGUAUCUUAAAGGUUUAGCCUCCUUGGGGCAUGAAAUAACCUUGGUGAGUCCGUUUUCGUUGGAAGAACCUUUUGUUAAUAUUUACGAAAUUCUUGUUCCGGAACUAUUUGAAUACAAUGAGGAACUUGAAAAAAUCUUAACCACUUCGCCUGGCACUUGGGAAUCUAAUGAUUACAUCAACAAUUGCAACUUGAAUCUCGCAAAGAAAGUGCUAAACAAUGACGGAGUGCGUCGGGAGAUUCUUAAGCCCGGAAAAGCACAAUUUGAUUUGAUUAUCAUAGAUCUCUGGCGAAUGGAUGCUCUCUAUGGCCUGGCAGCCUACUUUAAGGCUCCAAUAAUUGGAAUAGCUUCAUAUGGCAUCGACUGGAAGAUAGACGAAUUGGUGGGCAAUAUUUCGCCGAUGUCUUACCUUCAAUCUCCUUCUAUUAACUUUCACAAUCUGAAGACCUUUUCUGGUCGUCUAGCUCACUUUGUGGAGCGAUCCAUAUCUUGGGUUAACUGGAGAUGGCGGUACAAAGAAAAACACGAGGCACUAUAUAGAAAAUACUUCCCGAAAAUUGCCGAUAAGAAAACUUUAUCUGAGAUUACCCGAAACUUCGCUCUGGUGCUUGUAAAUCAACACUUUACACUGUCUCAGCCACGACCAUUGGCUCCGAAUGUGAUUGAAGUGGGAGGCAUGCAUAUCAAUCAUCAGCCAAAGCCUUUGACACAGGACUUGGAGGACUUUAUUCAAGGUGCAGGUGAAGAUGGAUUUAUAUUUUUCUCUUUGGGCACCAAUGUGAGGGGCAAGACACUAACAGAAGAUCGAGUGAAAGUAUUGCUGGAAACAUUUGAAAGUCUAUCACAACGAAUCCUGUGGAAGUUUGACGACGAACAGCUGGCUGGAAAACCUUCAAAUCUAUUGAUUAAGAAGUGGUUCCCGCAGCAGGAUAUCCUGGCGCAUCCAAAGGUCAAGCUCUUCAUCACCCACGGAGGACUGCAGAGCACUGUCGAGAGUAUACACCAUGGCACACCUAUGCUGGGAUUGCCAUUCUUCUACGAUCAGUUCCGCAACAUGGACUAUAUCAGUCAGCAGGGCUUGGGUUUGGUUUUAAACUUUUGGGAAAUGACAACCGAAGAAUUUAGGGGCACAAUAAUGCGACUGGUAAACGAAAGAAGUUUCGAUAUUACUGCGAGAACCAUAGCAGCCCGAUAUAGGGAUCAACCCACGAAACCUUUGGAUAAUGCCAUUUGGUGGACUCACUACAUCCUGCGGCACAAGGGUGCAACUUAUAUGCGUGUAGAAGGAAGGGAAUUGGACUUCUUUACCUACCAUAGUCUGGAUAUCUUGGGCUUUAUCUUACUAGCCUCUUUGAUAAUAUUAAUAAUGUGUGUCCUUUUUGUGCUCAAGUCACUAAGAAUGAUCCUGCAACGCGGAGGUCCUAAGAAGAACCGAAAACAGAAAGUACAUUAA